AUGUCACUUUCUUCGGGGUACUCUGUUUCGCCUACGCUGUUGCAAAAAUAUCAAGGUCCGCGUCUAGUUUGCAAACUUUUAAAGUCUAUCUAUGGACUUCGCCAGGCGCCUCAUUGCUGGUUUAUGAAAUUGUGUUCAGCAUUACUUGACUUUGGUUUCAAACAAUGUGCUUGCGAUCACAGUAUGUUUGUGUUUACACAACAAGGCUCCAUUACUGUCUUUCUGGUGUAUGUUGAUGAUAUGGUUUUGGCUGGUAAUGAUCAAGGCACCAUGACAAAAGUCAAACUAUUUCUUUCCACUCGUUUCCAGAUUAAGGAUUUGGGGCAUCUUAAAUAUUUUCUUGGUCUUGAGUUAGCUUGUUCUUCUCAAGGUAUUCACCUGCACCAGAAAAAGUAUACUCAAGAUUUGUUAACUGAUGUGGGUCUUCUGAAUUGCAAGUCCUCGGUUAUACCCUUGAAACAAAAUAAUGGUCUACUUACUGAUUUAUCUACAGAAACUGAUUUUCAUGAUGUUUCACUAUAUCGUAGGGUCAUUGGUCGGCUAAUCUAUCUUACGAUUUCUCGACACGAUAUUGCAUACACUUUGAAUACGCUUGCUCAGUUCAUGUCCAAACCUAAGGUCUGUCAUUAUCAUGUUGUGCUCAAGAUUCUUCGCUAUCUCAAGGCAACAGCGGGCCAAGGCUUGCUCUUCUCUGCCUCUAGUUCUCUCAAACUUACUGCUUUUAGCUAUGCUGAUUGGGCAGCCUGUAGAAUUACUCGACGUUCCAUCACAGGUUUUUGUGUUAUGUUGGGUGCCUCUUUAAUCUCCUGGCGCUCUAAGAAGUAG